AUGUAUGCAAUCUGGCGACGGGUCGAGGGUCAGGAGGCCGUAGGUGGUGGAGGUGAGGGAGACGAUGUGGUGGCUGAAGGCGGCGGACCCGCCGAUUUGGGAAAAGCCGUUGUCUUGGUUGAGGAAAGUUCCGGCGAACGGGCGAAUCAGAACCUCGCGGCUGAAGCAGCGAGAGCAAGCAGCCCGCGGCUGAGCAUGUUUCUGAGCACGUCCGGCAACCGGCGAGGCUUCUUCCAGGACCAGGAGCGGCGCUCUUCCAUGGCAGAGACGAGGAUUCUCGCGGGACAGAUUGUAAAGGUUAGACUUGGAAUAGAUGCAAAAGUUGCUCUUGAGGAUGGAAAAAUGAUGUACUCUAAUAGGAGGAUGAUAGAUGAAAACCCCUUCAAGAAUGAUCUUGCUGCUUCAAAACGGAUGAAGGAAGAAUUCCCACAGUAG